CUUCCCCCCCGUCCCGUCCCCGCCGCCAUGUCGGAGGAGAAGCCCAAGGAAGGAGUCAAGACAGAGAACGACCACAUCAACCUGAAAGUGGCCGGCCAGGACGGCUCCGUGGUGCAGUUCAAGAUCAAGAGGCACACGCCGCUGAGCAAGCUCAUGAAGGCGUACUGCGAGAGACAGGGCUUGUCAAUGAGGCAGAUUAGAUUCAGAUUCGAUGGACAACCAAUAAAUGAAGCAGACACGCCCGCACAGCUGGAGAUGGAAGAUGAAGACACCAUCGAUGUGUUUCAACAGCAGACGGGUGGAGCAUGCUAAGAAACACUGUCCUUUCCAGAAGAGGAGUUCAAGGAUCCUCAUCGCGCCUCACUCCUUCAUCUGUCCUUGGAUUUGCUAUUAAAUAGUAAACAAAUGAACAUGCCAAUCACACAGGAUCCUCCGAAAACUUCAGAGGGCAUUUACCAAAAUUGCUUUCUUGUCUUUGACGUACUGCGUGUGCAAGUCAAAACGUUAUCUGCAGGGAAUAUGUCUGAAAUUGGGCCAAUUUGAUUUAAGUUCAGAUUAAUGUGUGUUGUCUAUCUGCUGUUAGCUUUUUUUUUUUCUUUCUUUCUUUCUUUCUUUUUUUUACACCUGUGGCCUAAAUAUUCAUCCAUGUUUUAGGAUGUAGAACGUCCUGGCUUUUGUUGUUCUUGCCCCACAAAUCAUGUAAAUAAUUCCAUAUAUUUUCAUGGCAACGGUGAGCUUAAAGGUUUCCUCUUAUAAAUCUGGCAAAGAGGAGGAAAAGAGCAGCUGACUUUUUUUUUUUUUUUUUUAAGGAUGUGUUGCAAACACGAUUAGUUCAGAACUCAUAAGCCUAUGACACAAGGCCUGUAUAUGCAGAUAUGAUUCUUAGUAUAGAGGCAGAAUUUGAAAUAUUGCAAAUUUCCACGUGCUUUGUUGUAGUAUGAACAAUUUGAAUGAAAUGUUCUUUUUUAAAAUUUUUUUUUAUGCCUAAAUGAGAAUUGUCCUGAAUUAUUGGAAAUGGAGCUAUGAAAGCAGCUGGUAAAUCUAAUGCUCACAGUAGAGCAGCAAUGUUUUGUGUUAAGUCUAAAGGAAAGAAGUCUAUCACUGCAACCUUACAUGUUUAUUGAGGUGAAUUUAUAACUUGGCUCUCUUUAGUACACCUCCAAAGGCUGUAUCUUU